UUUACUUUGGAGCGAGUAAAUCCUUUGAACCUAUUACAGUGUCAUGAAAGAUUGUCCUAGGUUUCCUAAUUAUCAAUCUCAUUUUAUUUUAAAUUUGUAUCAAUUUAUUCAGUGUCCCACUAGUGUCAUUUUGCCUUCUCUGGAGAAGGCAAAAUAACACUAGUGGGACACUUGUUGAUAUAAACAGGUUUCCAUUUUCCUUUUGUUUGAACCUGAAUAUAACAUUCUUAUGUCCCACCACCCAUGCAUAUUUUCUGACAAUAUCAACCUCAGCCUGCAUAAAGCCCCAAAUACCCUAUUUGUUUUAGUAAUAACUCUGCAUAAUUCAGUAGUCACACUCUGAAGAUUUGGGUGUAGAAAUGCUGUAUGUGUACUUAAGGCGCUGAAACUGAAUAAUAAAACAUGCACAUUCCUCAUAUUUGAAGGAAAUUCCUUUAUCUUUUUAUAUCCUUGUAUAUCUAAGUAGAAAGCAACACACCUUGUCAAAGUUCAUCUGGCCCUUCACCGUCACUAUGUUGUGUCACCACCUCUGAACUUUGUGUUUUUUUAAUUACUGUGACUUAAGUCUGUGAAUGAAUAUCACCUGCUGAGGUGUUCUCAUUAACUUUUAAGCUGUCAUCUCAACUUCACUCCUUAGAAGUCACCUUAAGGGUAAAGUACACUCGCUGUUAAAUCUGCUACCAGAAUCCACCGGCAGACACUCUGAUGUGAAGGGAGAUUAUUGAAGCAGACCCUGAUAUUUUACUGCCGAUCCGGUCUCACUGAAGUCAUUUCAACAAGGAGAAAAGUCUAAUUUGUCUAGGCGAUCUCUUCUUAGUGAAUUUCUCAGCAGGAAUUUCUGGACACCAUGGAGGAAGCCCUCAACAGCACCAUCGAUCCAGCUUGUUUACAGGAGCCCCCGCUGGCUAUCGACGUGAUAAAACAGCUAGAUACAUCUGGAUGGUGCCUGCACUCCAUGCUCACCCUCAUGUCCUGCAUCUCCCUGCUGUUGUACCUGGAGCAGUGUGUCUAUAUUUAUAAGAACCUGCCCUACCCCAAGAAGACAACCCUAAUAUGGAUAAAUGGUGCAGCACCAGUCAUUUCUGUCAUGUCUUGUUUUGGGAUGUGGAUCCCGAGGGCAGUCAUGUUCACAGACAUGACAUCAAACUGUUAUUUUGCAGUUGUGGUGUACAAAGUCUUGGUUCUGUUGGUCGAGGAGUUUGGGGGCAGCACUGCUUUUCUGAAGCGGUUUUCUGGUAAACCCUUUAUGAUCCGCACAGGACCCUGCUGCUGCUGCUGCAUCUGUUUACCCCGUGUGCCCAUGUCACGGCGAAUGUUAUUCAUCCUGAAGAUAGGUGCUCUUCAGUAUGCAAUCCUAAAGACGGUGCUCUCUGUUCUCUCCAUAAUAUUGUGGACAAAUGGCAACUUCGAUCCCGCUGAUCUAGAGAUCACUGGUACAGCCAUUUGGAUUGGCCCAUUCAUCGGUGUUCUCACUCUCACCUCACUUUGGCCUGUUGCCAUCAUCUUCAUGAACACUAACAGCUUUUUACGCAGCCUCAAAAUUGUACCCAAGUAUGCCAUGUACCAGCUCGUACUUGUACUGAGUCAGCUGCAGACAUCAAUCAUUAACAUCCUGGCCUUGGAUGGAACCAUCGCCUGCUCCCCUCCCUUUUCUUCCCAAGCUCGUGCCUCCAUGCUAAGUCAGCAGAUGAUGAUCAUGGAGAUGUUCAUUAUCACGCUGGUCACUCGGAAUUUCUACCGUCGAACAUAUGACCCACUUCCCUCUGAGGCACAUGACAACGACCAGAACGCUAAAGCCACCCUGCAGGCUGCUCUCGUGGAGCAUGACGUCUAAAAAAGGAGACAGUGAUGGAAGAAUGGGAGCCAACACUGCAAAUGUUUGAUGAAAGGUUUUCAUUUUAUAAACAUUUUACCUCAUUCUGUCACUGGAAUUUAAGGGGAGAAAACAGCACUGCUAUGGUGACUUUCAUCCCUAUUUUCUUCUGACUUUUCCCAUACACGGCACUUACUGACAUUCAUUUAUAUUCUGUACUUGACAAAACUGAAAGGGCUGGUUUGCUGAAUUACUUUGUUCAGUGUGAGAAGUAGUCACUUUAAAAAAGUAUCCAAAGUGAGGUGUGUGGGUUAUCCACAGUGACCAGGACAUUGGUUAUGAGAAGAGAUGCUGGCUGGUCAAUUGUUUAUGUGUUUUCAAUGUUUUGAGCACCCAAAUUGUAUUUUAUACACCUUGAUUGUACUGGAUUGGAGGCAGAAAUGGAUAUCUUAAAACCUGAAAAACAAGCCAAUACUGUUUGAUAAAUUGUAGGUAGAGAAUA